AUGUCAACUUCUUUUAAUUUCGAUUAUCUGCCGGCAGAUGUAUUAUUCUUAUCCGGUUACGAUUUUUUUCAGUUUAUUAAAACUGUUCUUGGUGAACCGGAAGCUAAUCUGUUAAAUAAAAUAUCGAUCAAAUCAACAACAUGUUUAAUUCAAACUGAAGAUCCACUUGAUAUCUUUAAUUAUGAUAUUGAUGAUGAAGAAUUAGAAAUGUUAAAAAAUGAACUUUCAUUUACAUUAAAAAAUAAAAAGUUUAUGCUCAAACCUGGAGUAAUUGCUGGAUUUCGCUCGUUGAAAGAUGUAUUGAAAAAAAAAAUUAAUGAACAAUUAACAAAAUCCAAAGGAAGAAAACAAUAUCAAAAACAAAUAUUUAAUACAAAUUCAUCAUCUAUAUGUUCAUUAGUACCAACAGUACCAGCACCAGCACCAGCAACAACACAAGCACCAUCAGUAUCUAAUCAAUUUUCUUUAGCUGAACAUAAAGCAUAUGUGCUUAAACUUAUUCAUAAAUGGUGUUCGAAUAAUAAGGAAAAUUUUGAUUUAGAACAUUUUGAUUUAGAAGAAAAUGUUGAUUUUGUUUUGAAUAUUGAUUGUGACGAAAAUACUGAUGUAAAAGCAACAAUUAAAUGUAAAUGCAACAGAUUAAUAUCGUUAGGUAAAAAUGAUAAUAAAAUCCAAGUGUCUAACUAUUAUAAACACUUGCAGUCAAAUGGUUGUGACCAUAUGAAAAACAUAAAAAAAGUUGCAAGAGAAUUAACAUCAAGUCAACAGCAGCAACAACCAUCAACACCUAUUACAUUAACACCUUCAUAUCGACCACAUGCAUCAUUAAUAGAAAUUGCUUCUGUUUCACCAACUAACACACAAACAACAGCUCAAGUUGAUUCUUCAGCAUUACCAAAUCAAGCUGCAAAUAAUAGUGGUAAACGUCGUUUAACAUCACAAUCACAACAUCGUUCGACAACAAGAAGCCGUACAUAA